AUGUUUGGCCACUCAAUGGUAUAUACUGUUAUAAAAACGUUAUUGGAACUCUGCCCCUUUUUUUCGUGUUUUUUGUUUGUUUGUUUGUUUUUUGUUUUAUAUCUUUUUUAGGUUCUCGGGUCCCCUAACCGCGUCGAUCACAGGAAUACAAGUAUAUGUUAAUUACGAUAAAGACCCCAAGCCCAUCAUGCUUUGCGGUUGUUUCGUAAUGUUGCGCUCUUGCCGGUUUGCUUUGAUAACAUAAAUAGCCUGUGAAUUUCAGGUUUUCUUAUCUUUAACUCUUUUCAAGUCUGGCUUCAAUGCAAUUAAAUCACAUAUUACGAAAACACUGAUACGGUCGAACCUCCAUAUGCCACCACCUCUCGUAAACAACUGCCUUUCGUUAAAGAUCACCAUCCUUAAGCGACCGCGUUAGAGAGAUUUCCCAUUGUUUUUAACCUCCUAAAAAGCGACCCCUUAACUAUUUGUCUGAACUCUUAUGUUCGCUGUAUGCUACUAGGAGUAUACGAAGAACUUAAGUAACAACAUGUAACUGAGAAAGAAAUCGGUGCAGUAAAUUAUCUGCUUUAAAGUAGAUGUGUCCGGAAAUCUACUCCAAGGAAGUGUCGUAAGCGACCACUUUCUGUAAGUGAGCACAAAGUCUUAGCCUUUACAGUGGUUUGACUGCACCUUGAAAAUUUCAUGUUAUGAUAUUAUUAAUAUUAUACAUUAUUCUUUUUAGGGUGGUACAAUAGCUGUUCUCAGUGUUAUGGAAAGACCUUAUUUCUUUGCGGGUGCGAUUUUUAGUGCACCAAGCAUAAAUGUGGAAGCCAAUCCUUGCACGGUAAUUUAUUGUUCCACUUGCUACAAAUAGUGAACGAAAACACAAUGUAAAGACUGUUUCUCUUUUCUUAGGGUGCCGUCAAUGCAAAAACAGGAUACAACAAACCCAAAACCGAAAAAUACUACGUACCUAAGGAAACAGAAAUACAAAUCCCAAAACAAAAAUACAAAAUUGAACCACAAAACUGAAAGAGAAUUUAAGAAUACAAACCAUGAUCAAACACCCCAAAACAGAAACAAGGAAAUAAUGUAAAACAACAGUUUCUAAUGAUUCAUCGUCUUUUAAUUAUCUUAACCCGCGAUCAGGCUAGGUUUUUAUUAUAGGGAGGGCACGAUCACAGGCUAUAAUAGCCCAUUGCCGAGUUCCAAAAACUCUCGCUUUAAAAACGAGGCUAAACGUACAGUAAAACGGGCAACAAAUUGCUGCAGAACGAGUCCAGAAGCGAUGCUGAGCGUCUUAUUGCCCAUAAUAUCAAACCUGUCUUGUAGCAAAUAAGAUUCAGUGUUGCAAGUUGCGUAAAUACUGAUUCCUGAUUGGAUAAAAUUACGCGGGAGUCACGCCAUACACAGGAGUUACGUCACUUGCUGCAAAACAAGUUUGCCUUGGGUCGGUAAUUAAAACACGCAACAUUGACAGAUUUUGAUGCAAAAAGUAGAACUUCUCUCUAGUUUCUGCAACAUUUUUUUCGCAACUUGUUUAAACCUGAUUUGCUGCAAGGGAGGCUUCAUUCAUUGGUAAUAAAAUGCGCAACAUCACUUUUCAACCAGUUUCCCAACAAUUUUGUAAAACAGGUUUCACGUUUUUGUUGUCCGUUUUACCAUAGCUUUAGAGCGAUUUUCGUAUAACCAUGAAAUAUAAAUGCGCGAACAGAAAAGAAACAUCAAACGAACGGAAAUAGAGCGAUUUGAUUGGUUUAUCGAACGGAUACAAACGGGCGUGGGUUUUGGCUGGUUAAGCGAACGCCCAAGAACUUUCUAGAAAUCAAAUGAUACUUCGCUUUGAAGUCAUACAGCAACACGAUUGGCCAAUCGAACAAUGCUUUCUCCAUAUAAGGGUUUUCUUUGGCGGGAAAACGAAGAGGCCAUGUUUUGAUCUUUUCAUCCAUUGGCGAACACUUACCGAAACCAUUUUUCAAGGUCAAAAGAAAAUCUAAUGCAGAGUGAGAUAAAACAGAUUUUAGAUGUGAAAUAUUUGCAGGGGCAGCAAUUUUUUAUAGUCUGUUGCCUCUCAAUUCACAUGUUAUUUAAACAUAAAUAACUGAUUAAUCACGAAAAGAAACGAACUUUUUACAAAGUUCUAGUGGCGGAUGGAAGGGAAUAUGAUGAUUAAUUUAAUAGGAGAUUAUUUUAUCACGAGUCAAGUUUUUAACCUUGUCUUCUAGGGGGAGGUGAGAAAUUAAUACAGUAGUGAUUGUUCCAUAUAUAAAAACACACACAAAAAAACAAAACGAACUUGGCCAAUAUUCAGCUAUCUGGACCUCACUCUUGGUUAAAAGGGACCUUUAGAUUCGAGGACGAGAACUACUAGGAGUACGACUUUCGCUCUUCUCAAAAAGAAAAAUGGACACCCGGAAAGCUCCAUUGUACUUUAAAUUCACCAGAAACGUUUAAGAAAGAGUUUAAGCCCUCUCCUGACCGAAAAUAAUAAAACUUAGCUUUUAACAUUUGAUAACUUGAUUUCGUCACAACGACAUUCUCGGCAAAACUCAUAGUAGAAUGACGACGGCUAUCACGUUUUCCCGCCAAAAUGACGUUGGCUCAUGCGCGCGCACUGCUUAGCAUUAAGAAAAUCUCGUACUCUUAGUCGUCCUCGUAUUAAUAACUAAAGGUCUUAAAUAAAGUAUAUAAUGCAUGUAUCUUACAGGUUUGUGUAGGAAGAAUAGUAUCAUGGAUAAUGCCCUCGUACCAGAUCAGGCCACCGAUUGAUCCAUCACUCUUAAGCCAGGAUCCUACACAGGUGAUACAAAUCUAAAGGGAAACUCGGCCGAGAUUACUUUCGCAAACACUUCUGGGAUUGUUACUAAGGACAGAGAAAAAGAUUGGCCCAUAGCUGACCGGCGUGACCCCAGUAACAAUCCCAGAAACAAUCGCGGGUCAAAUUUCUUCUCCAAUAAAAUUCCCUUUUCGUUUCUAAAAAGGCGAAUAAGACAACUGAUAACUGCUCUCUUUUCCUGAGUCAAAGGAGAGAGACUUUCGUAUGCAUUUUAUCCGCAUUUCCGAAAAAAAUUUCCAGGACAUUCGAAAAAUGCCGAACAUAUUCCGGUGAUUUCUGGAGGUUGCCGAAUGACGCGGUGUCCAGUCCCUGAGACCGAUCGCGAAACUUGACAUUUCGUACCACUGACUGGAAUAUUUUGGGUAGAGAUUGGAUAAACGCUUUUCAGUUUAAUGGUUCAUGACAAGUCGUUCGGAAUUGUGAGGAAUUGAUAUUUUCCAUCCUUCAUGAUUGUGCAAUGAACUAGUAACGCUGGUGCAUGUAACGGUCAACGGUCAUUCUGCAAAGUCUCAGCUCAAACGGUUAAAAAUUAAAAAACUAGUUUGAAAGAGAUCACUUUUUGAUGACAGCUGGCCCGGGGUGAAUUAAUUACCCCUUAGAUUAUACAUACCCCCGGAGGAAAGGGGGGGGGGGUGGCUAUUCAACAAUGUUUAAUACGAGGAGGUUCCAUCCCUAGGCCUAAACUUACACAUUUAUCGUUGAAGGAGCUCGUCGUGUUUGUUUAGGGUUGGAGCCUCCCCGUAUAAAUUUCAGUGUCACUCAAUUCUUUGCACCAUCCAUUUAAUAAUCAUAUAUCUUACAGAAAGUCGAAUUUCCUUGAGUACCGGGUGUCCCUCGCGCCUUCUUGCUUUCGCAGGCGACUUUUGGCAAGUCUAGGACUUCAAUAACACAAUGCACUGUAUUAUUAUUGCUUUAGGUUGAAAAGUAUGCCAAUGAUAGCCUAAACUGGCAUGAGGGAAUGAAAGUGAGAUGGGUCGGAGCUAUAUUAGACGCAAUGAAUGAAAUCCAGAGGAACUUGUCAAAGCUCACAACACCUUAUCUACUUGUCCAUGGUGAUGGAGAUCAAUUAGUGAAGAUUGACGGUUCACAAUACUUACAUGCAAAUUCUCCCAGUAACGACAAGACAUUUAAGGUACACGAAUGAGCUGCUUUACUGAAAGCACUGAGCGAACUAAUAGCCUCUCUAUGACGGUAUAUCAUGACGACAGGAAAAGGCGGUCUUAAAACGGCGUUUGUUCAUGUGGUGAUAAUGCCCUGCCCGGGGUGGGAGUUUCGGCUGCCUUCUUCCAAGCGUAGUUACUGUCAACUUAUCCCCAACAAAAGUCGUGAGUUGUCUAAACCCUUUUAGCCCCAAGAGUGACCAAUAUCUAUUUUCUCCUAACAACGUCACCACAUUUUCAAGGGAAAAGGCUAUGAGAAUUUAUAAAAUAAUCACCAAAGAGGAAAUUAUUUCAUUAUAAACACAACUGCUUGUAAAACUUGCUUUGCAGAUAUACAAGAAUGGGCGCCAUGAACUUCUGAAUGAGGUGGAAGAAACUGCGAGCGUGGUUUACAAGGACAUUCUAGACUGGAUCCAGCUAAAGCUACCUUGA